CAAGUAUUAUGGACAGGACUCUCGAUAUUCUCUGGUACAAGCCAAACCUAUUCUCUCUCUGGUAAUUUUCAUCACAUACAUGUUCCUCAACGCAACGCAUUAGACCAGUUUUCGCGGCGUCAAUUGCAAUGCCUCGGCCAUGCCUCCACAAAGGGACUUUGGCCUCAUCGGACAACUGGGAAUCAGAUAUCUGGAAAGCGGAUGAUGACUGGACAGAAGUUGGCUCCAAAGAAGAGAAGAAACGACGGCAGAAUCGAAUCAAUCAGAGAGCGUAUCGCAGACGUAAUCCAAUCAAUGGGAAGUCAUCCAAACAGCGUUCAUUUCGGGUUGAGAGGUUUCGAAUAACCGAUCUGCCCGUGUCCGCCGCGGUCCAGAAGGAAAAGCAGGAUAAUAUUACUGCCUCGGUAUCUUCGCAGGUUCCUGUACGAGAGGAUGACCAGACGGGGCAACAUGCUUCUCCGGCCCAGGAGACUUCAUCAUCUUGCGUUGAACACAUGCAAAUUAUAGAGGCACAAGCAAUGCAAGUUCUGGCGACUCACCCUGAACACAUGGUUGCGGCCCCCGACACAGGUAAUAUAUCUGUAGAGUAUACUAAUUAUAAUACGACGGGAAUUGAUCUGUUGCUUAAAGCUGCUGCCGGACAGGCGAGGUCAGGUGUCAAAGUCAUUGAUCCUUAUGGCAGCAAGGCUUCUGCUGUCUCGUCCGCUACAUCUACACUGGCAACCUGGAUCCAAGAUCCAAGUCAAAGCAUUGUGCCUCAGAUUCCUCAAUCUGCAAAGAAAUUUGCGCAUCUUCACAGCAGGGAUCCAGAUGGCCAAGGUUUGUUCCGCGUCUCGUUGGAACAACUUGUCUCUCCAACUGCGCCGGAAAACGAGAUUCUUACCGGCAAGCCGCUGCCACUAAACCCGAACGGCUUCCCCCUCUCGUCUGAUCACCUUCUUCGUCUCAUUCACUUCAAUGUUUUCCGAGGUCUGAUCACUAACAAAGCUAUACUGAGUGGCCGAACCUUCCAGGUGAAGGUAGAACUCGAUUUUGUUCUCCCGGAAUCCAAUAACCUCUGUGACGGACUAACAAUGGUUCGCUCUAAACCUGGUCAAGCACUACCGAAGUCUUUGUACCCAACAUAUAUCCAAGCGAGCGUAGCGCAUUCAUCUUGGAUCAACAUGUUCCCCUUUCCCGCCAUUCGAGACAACCUCAUCCGCGCAGAGAAAGAUUUUGAUCACGAGGAUCUAUGCUAUGAUCUCUUUGGGGAGAUGUUCAUCAGCAGCCCACUCAACUUCAUUUCCAAGGAGGUGCAGCCUGGAGAUGAGGAGUUUGAAGAUGAUAUUACAGCGAGGAGAAAAGGGCUCAUAAUCUGGGGAGAGCCGUGGGAUGCGAGCAGUUGGGAAGUUACUCCUGGGUUUGCUCGAAAAUGGGCUUGGGUACUGGAAAACUGUCAUCAAUUGAUUGAAUCGACAAACCGUUGGAGAGCAAAACGGGAUGAGAAGCCUUUGGACUACUAUCUUGAUAAUAUAACCCUUUGAUUGGCAGCAACGACCGCCAUGUACAUUGUUUUUUCCUCAGGAGUUCUAUCUUUGUAGGAUUUGGAAAUUCGUUUUCUCCUAUCAACGACAUCAGCCACUGACGCUCUACUCGAGCUUCUUGUCUUGAGACACCAUGCCAGUUAAAGUAACUUGCUUGUGUUUUGAAGCCUCGUCUUUAUAUUUUGUGGUGGAACUCUGCUAUGUUUCCACUAACAGCUGAAUCCACACCUGUCGACGCUAUAACCGAAGCUUCUAUUUUCUCUUAGAUAUGGAUAUUGGGCACCUUGACUUGUAUUCGCCAUUAAUAUACUCCUAGUAAUUAAUUAUACAUGCG